AUGUUAUCUGUUAGAAAUUCUUUCAUUUACCUUUCAUCACCAACCAUUUCAUUUUUAUUUUGUUUCGCACGUCUCAGCCAGGCCUUUUCUUCCCAGAAGAAACGGCGCCUUCGUACUAGAAACAAUUCUUCGCCUUUUCAACAAUCUUUCUUGUUUUUCUUCCUUUUUUUAAAAAAGAAACUUUUCUUUUCUUCCAUUCGUACAUCUUUCCCAAAUUCCUUUCCUUAUGAUCUUAUUUCUUUCUUUUAUCUCCUCUCUCCUUUUAUCAUUUCUUUCUUUCUUUCUUUCUUUCUUUCUUUUAUCUCCUCUGUACUUUUAUCAUUUCUUUCUUUCAUCUCCUCUCUCCUUUUAUCAUUCUUUCUUUCUUUCUUUCUUUCUUUUAUCGCCUCUCUACUUUUAUCAUUUCUUUCUUUCUUUCUUUUAUCUCCUCUCUCCUUUUAUCAUUUCUUUCUUUCUUUCUUUCUUUCUUUCUUUCUUUCUUUCUUUCUUUUUUUUUAUCUCCUCUCUCCUUUUAUCAUUCUUUCUUUCUUUCUUUCUUUCUUUCUUUCUUUUUUCUUUCUUUUUAUCGCCUCUCUACUUUUUAUCAUUUCUUUUUCUUUCUUUUCUUUCUUUUUUUAUCUCCUCUCUCCUUUUAUCAUUUCUUUCUUUCUUUCUUUCUUUCUUUCUUUCUUUCUUUCUUUCUUUUAUCUCCUCUCUCCUUUUAUCAUUCUUUCUUUCUUUCUUUCUUUCUUUUAUCGCCUCUCUACUUUUAUCAUUUCUUUCUUUCUUUCUUUUAUCUCCUCUCUCCUUUUAUCAUUUCUUUCUUUCUUUCUUUCUUACUUUCUUUCUUUCUUUCUUUCUUUCUUUCUUUCUUUCUUUCUUUUAUCUCCUCUCUCCUUUUAUCAUCCUUUCUUUCUUUCUUUCUUUCUUUUAUCUCCUCUCUACUUUUAUCAUUUCUUUCUUUCAUCUCCUCUCUCCGUUUAUCAUUCUUUCUUUCUUUCUUUCUUUCUUUCUUUCUUUCUUUCUUUCUUUCUUUCUUUCUUUUAUCUCCUCUCUACUUUUAUCAUUUCUUUCUUUCUUUCUUUCUUUCUUUCUUUCUUUCUUUCUUUUAUAUCCUCUAUAAUUUUAUCUUUCUUUCUUUCUUACUUUCUUUCUUUCUUUCUUUCUUUCUUUCUUUUAUCUCCUCUCUCCUUUUAUCUUUCUUUCUUUCUUUCUUUUAUAUCCUCUCUCCUUUUAUCAUCCUUUCUUUCUUUCUUUCUUUCUUUCUUUCUUUCUUUCUUUCUUUCUUUCUUUCUUUCAUCUCCUCUAUACUUUUAUCUUUCUUUCUUUCUUUCUUUUAUCUCCUCUCUCCUUUUAUCAUCCUUUCUUUCUUUCUUUCUUUCUUUCUUUCUUUCUUUCUUUCAUCUCCUCUAUACUUUUAUCUUUCUUUCUUUCUUUCCUUUUUCUUUUUUUUUUUUUUUUUCUUUCUUUUAUCUCCUCUCUCCUUUUAUCUUUCUUUCUUUCUUUUAUCUCCUCUCUCCUUUUAUCAUCCUUUCUUUCUUUCUUUCUUUCUUUUAUCUCCUCUCUCCUUUUAGCUUUCUUUCUUUUUUUUAUCUCCUCUCUCCUUUUAUCAUCCUUUCUUUCUUUCUUUCUUUCUUUCUUUCUUUCUUUCUUACAUAUCACUUUCCUUCUUUACAACCUUCUUUCCUUAUUGACUCACCUUUUUUUUUUACAUUAAGCUUCAUCCUUGAUUUUUCCUUUUUUCUCGCCAUUCAUACUUUCCUUCUUUCCUUCCUUCCUUCCUUCCUUCCUUCCUGUUUAGCGUAUUCUUCGAUCCAUUUUCUCAACCCGCUUUUCUUCCUUCCUUUCAUACAUUCUUCUGACGUACCAUUCCUUCCUUCCUUCCUGUAUUCUUCAUUCCAUUUUCGCAGCCCACUUUUCAUUUUUUCUUUCAUACAUUAUUUUCGCAUACAUUCCUUCCUUCCUUCCUUCCUUCCUUCCUUCCUUCCUUCCUUUCGUCUAUCCCCUUUUAACGUAUUAUUAAAUUCAUUUUGCUCACCUCACCUUCCUUCCUCCCGUUCGUCCGUCCUUCCAUCUGUCCGUCUUUUCUUCCUUCCUUACGUUCAUCCUUCCUUCCUUCCUUACGUUCAUCCUUCCUUUCUUCCUUCCUUCCUUCCUUCUGCUCGUCCGUCCUUCAAUCCGUCCGUCUUUUCUUUCUUCCUUCCUUCCUUCCUUACGUUCAUCCUUUCUUCAUUCCUUCCGUCCAUCCUUCCUCCCGUUCAUCCUUCCUUCCUUCUGUUUGUCCGUCCUUACUUCCUUCCUUCCAUUCUUCCGUUCUUCCUUCCUUCCACUUGUUCGUCCGUCCUUUCUUCUUUCCUUCCCCUUGUUCGUCCGUCCGUCCUUACUUCCUUCCUUCCUUCCAUCCUUCUGUUCUUCCUUCCUUUCUCUUGUUCGUCCGUCCGUCCUUCCUUCCAUCCUUCCGUCCUUCCUUCCUUCCUUCCAUCCUUCUGUUCUUCAUUCCUUCCCCUUGUUCGUCCGUCCGUCCAUCCUUACUUCCUUCCUUCCUUCCUUCCUUCCAUCCUUCUGUUCUUCCUUCCUUUCUCUUGUUCGUCCGUCCGUCCGUCCUUCCUUCCAUCCUUCCGUCCUUCCUUCCUUCCUUCCAUCCUUCUGUUCUUCCUUCCUUCCCCUUGUUCUUCCGUCCGUCCUUCCUUCCUUCCUUCCUUCCCCCUUUCGCGAUAUAUAUUUCCUUUUUCUUUCUUUCUCUCUGUCUUUCAUUCUUUCUUUCUUUCUUACUUUCUUACUUCCUUUCUUUCCUUGUAUUGCUCUUUACAUUUCUUUCUUUCUUUCUUUCUUUCUUUCUUUCUUUCUUUGUAUUGCUCUUUACAUUUCUUUCUUUCUUUCUUUCUUUCUUUACCUCUACGCCCUUUCGUGACUUACAUUUCCUUUUUCUUUCUUUCUCUCUGUCUGUCUUUAUUUCUUUCGUUCUUUCUUUCACACUGUACAUUUCUUUCUUUCUUUCUUUCUCUCUGUCUGUCUUUAUUUCUUUCGUUCUUUCUUUCACACUGUACAUUUCUUUCUUUCUUUCUUUCUUUCUUUCUUUCUUUCUUUCUUUCUUUUGCUCUUUACAUUUAUUCCUUUUUUUUACAUUUCUUUCGUUCUUUCUUUCGUCCUUUCUUUCUUUUGCGUUUAACCUUUCUUUCUUUCUUCCUUUCUUUCUUUCUUUCUUUCUUACUUUCUUUCUUUCUUUCUUUCUUUCUUUCUUUCUUUCUCUCGCUCUUUGUCUUUCUUUCUUUCUUUCUUUGCUUAGUCUUCCCAUCAUCCUUUCAUUAUUAUUCUUCCAUUUCCUGCCUCCCCUACUACAUCCCCGCUUCAUCGUCUUCAUUUCAUUUCAUUUUUUGUCGUUCAUUCGCUACACUUUAUUUGCAAAGACUGACAAGUUCUUUCACAAGGUUCCUGUCUGGCAGCACGCUCACCAAGAUGGAUCCAACCUGA